CCGUGAUAAGCUUGUUUGAGAGUUACCGUCUUUGGGGCGUGAAAUCCCCACAACCGAAACCCCACAUGAGUGUAAUUUUUGUUCAGGCAGAUCGUCUGGUCGAAAAAAAUGUAAAUAGUGCUGGAGACAACGUUCUGAUAGUUAGAGCUGGAAAAACGGUAACACCAUCGUUUCAGACCUGACUGCAUACCCAUUUGAAAUAUAUGUGAAAUGUGUGAUGAAGCGCACAGUUGAUGCUAGACAGUCUUACUGACCGGGUUUGAGUGCUCUUCUACUAGCCGUCUCCGAUCUAAGAACCCCAUGAACCAUCUAAAAUAUAAAUAAGGAAAGACAGUCGCAGCUUCUUAGUUCAGCGCUGAAUUAAUUAAUGUAAAGACUGAAAACAAUGUCGCCGCGUCGGGUUCUAGUUUUAAGUGUUGUGCUUGUGAUUUUGUGCGGUGUCCAUAACUCAAAUCAAUGUGCAAAAAAGGACCAUGGUGACGCAGAUCAUCAACAUAACGAACAAAUCAUAAGAAGUGAAAUUCCUGAGGAGAGGUCGGUUGGUGAACCUAGUGUGCACCAUGAGGACAAGGACGAUAUUCAAGACGCAGAGAGCAACAAUCUAGAACAGACCAAAAGACUAGGACCAGAACCGGAAGAAGAAGAGGAGGAGGAAGAGGAGGAUUUGGACGUUGAAGAGUUAGCAGAAGGGGAAAUGGAGGAUGCUGAAAAAACUGCACCGGCACGAUAUGACGGAGCACAGCUGUGGAGGAUUCAUACAUCCAACGUCAGCAAUCAGGAUGUAAUCAAGCUAUUCGAAAGCCAAUAUGACGGUUGCGUGUGGAAAACAAAGGACGACUUUGUUGACGUCUUUUUGGAACCACAUAGACAAGAGGAAGCACGAAGAGCAUUAAGGGACUUUGAUGUGCCCUACGAAGUAUCCAUAAACGAUGUGCAAAAUUUGAUCGAUGCUCAACACAGAAGUAGGGAAAAGAAACCGCGAAGAGAUAAAAGACAGGCGCAAGCAUCUCAUCAGCUAACCUGGGACAGCUACCACGAUUUGGGGGAUAUUUACGGAUACAUGCGAACACUAUCACAGAAAUAUCCAACCAUUUGCAAAUUAGUAAACAUCGGAAAGAGUGUGGAAGGACGAGGAAUUCUCGCUAUGAAAGUUGCAGGACCAAAAAGUCAAAGGGUCAUCUGGGUGGAUGGUGGAAUCCAUGCUCGUGAAUGGAUUAGCGUAGCAUCAGUCAUGUAUGUAAUGGAUCAAUUCAUCAGAUACUGGGCAAAGCAGCCAGCUCAUAUUCGUUCAGCCACAUGGUACUUCUUACCAGUAAUGAAUCCUGAUGGAUACCAAUAUUCCCGAACAACUGAUCGACUUUGGCGAAAAAAUCGUCGUAACUUCGGAAGCUGUCACGGAGUAGACUUGAACCGAAACUUUGACUUCAAAUGGACAGGAGUUGGAGCAUCGAACAAUCCUUGUGAUAUGACAUACCGAGGGCCAAAAGGAUUAUCCGAACCUGAAUCCAGAUCUGUUGCACAAUUUAUGGAAAAAUUGCCGCGUAAACCGGUCGCUUAUAUCACACUCCAUAGCUAUGGCCAGUACGUCCUCUAUCCAUGGGGAUUCGCGUCUGCUAUUCCCUCGGAUCACAGACUACUCAAACAAACUGGAUUGGAUGCAGCUGAGAGUGCGAAAUUAAUUGACGGCGCACUUUAUACAGUGGCACCCGCAUUCCAACCAUUUGGCGCUGCUGCAGGCGGGUCGGAUGAUUGGGCGAAGGGACAUUUGAAAGUCAAAUAUGUUUACACUAUUGAGUUACGAGACAAGGGGCGAUACGGCUUCUUAUUACCAACUAAUUUGAUAAGGGUCACAUGUAGAGAAGCUUUAACCAUGAUUGGCGUGAUAUCCAAGGCAUCACUUAAUGUACAACAAUAAAUAUUUGAAAUAAAGGUA